UGGCGCGCCACGUGGAGAAUGCAAUGGCCAGACCGUUCCAUCGUGCGCGAGCGCUGGAUGCUGCGCCGCCGUCGCGCCGCCCACUCGUCGCCCCAUUUCCAAUCUACCUGCAAGAAGCAUGCGCUCGACUCUGGUCAUGUGGCUCGCGGCCGUCGCGGCCGUGGUUCUCUCGUCCACCGUCGCUGCCCAACAACAACAACAAGAGCUACCAGCCGGGCUCGAAGACUAUGUCAAGCAGCAGCUUGCGCAAGCCAUAUCCCAAGACGUCGCCCAAGAGGUCGCGCGGGCCGUCGCAGAGCGUGUGGCGCAGGAGCAGCGCAACCGCCUCUACUCGUCGCCGCCACCGACGUCGCUCACGCCGACGACGACGGCCCCGACAUCCGGUAGCAACCAGCCAGUGCUAAGCUCGCCAGCGCCCGCCGACGCGGCUCACAUCCAAGGCGAGCUCCGCGCGAUCGCUCAGCAGCGCGCUGAGCUCCAGAGGGAGCAAGAAGCGCUCAACAAGGAGCGCACUGCGCUCAACGAGGUGAUUGCGCAGCUGCAAAACCGGUCGACGGCACCGGCAACCAUCGCCCCGGUCGCAGUCAACGCAUCGACACCGGUGACUGUUUCGGUCGCGUCGACGGCCGACGGCAUCGCCACUACCACUGACAACGACGACGGCGGUGCGCCGUGGGGCAUCAUUGGUGUCUGCGUCGGUCUCGUGGCCGCCGUUGCGCUCGUCGUCGUCGGCGUCAAGAAGCGCAACGAGAUGAACGACGGUCUCGAGACGCCGGCCGAGUACGCUUCGGGUUUCCACACGGCCGAGGCCGCCAGCGCGAGAGAGAGCAAGUGGGGCUCGUACGAGGUCGUGACGCCACUCGACUUGGCGGGUGUGCCGCCCGAAGACCCGAUUCUCGACGACGCAACCGGAGUCGAGGCGCCAAAGCAGCUCCACGUGCGCGGUCUCGAAGCGGUGCUCUAAAUGUACCAGUCGUUUUCAUGUCUAAUGAAUGGAGCGGCUGCGUUGGCCCCCUUGAGCACGGACUAGUAUUUAACCAGUGGUCACUUUCGCUUGCUAUCGCACGAUAUUCUGGGAGUGUCAGCAACUUAAAUAAAUG